AUGCUUCGCAGAGGUGGAUUUCUCCUGUUUCUUGCCCUGGCCGUGUCUGCCUUCGAGAUGGACCAGGACGAGUCUCCUCCGCGGCAUGCCCGUUUCUCCGUCAGCAGCCCCACGGAGGUGGCGCGCUGUCUGAGCAGCGCCGUGCAGGUGGGCUGUGACACCUUCGCCUGCCUGGACAACUCCACCUGUCAGACAGACGGCAUGUACGACAUCUGCAACCUGUUCCUUCACACUGCUGCCCUUUUCAACACACAGGGAAAGACCUUUGUGAAGGAGAGCAUCAAAUGCAUCGCUAACGGUAUCACAUCCAAAGUCUUCCAGACCAUCCGCCGCUGCUCCAACUUCCAGAAGAUGAUUGCGGAGGUGCAGGAGGACUGUUACAGCAAGCUGGACAUCUGCGGCGUGGCACGUACCAACCCAGACGCCAUCGGAGAGGUGGUCCAGGUCCCAGCUCACUUUCCCAACAGGUACUACAGCACCCUGUUGCAGAGCCUGCUGGGGUGUGACGAGGACACGGUGGGUGUGGUGAGAGCAGGCCUCGUGGCCAGACUCGGCCCAGAUAUGACCACCUUUUUCCAGAUCCUUCAGAGCAAGCCCUGCCCGUCCGGAGCCGCUGCCAACGGAGCCGCUGGGAUGGAAGGCCAUGGAGGUUUCCGCUGGCCUAUGGGACAGCCCAUGUUCAAGAUCCAGCCCAACCUGCGAAACAGGGACCCCACUCACCUGUUCGCCAAGAAACGAUCUGUUGAAGACAGUUCUUAG